UCUGUGAUCUGUGCUAUUGUCUUUUUGAUCUGUAUUGUUGUCUUUCUGAUCUGUCCCUCUGAUCUAUACUGUUGUCUUUUUUAUCUGUCUUUCUGAUCUGUCUUUCUAAUCUGUCUUUAUGUACUGUUGUCUUUCUGAUCUGUACUGCAUAUAUGAUAUAUGGCUACAUUUUGAGAUGAAUUAUCAAAUUCACAGUUGUAUUCUAUCAGUGCCAAAACUUGUAUAUUUAUAUGAUUUUCUUGAAAUGACUAGGAGAAAAAGUUGAUGCGUCCGCCUACUCCAUCCGAGGUGUAUUACAAAGGCCAUGCUAAAGAGAAUGGUGAAUUCGUGGACGAGACGUCACGAAAAGUUUGGGCUGAUUUUCAAAGCAAAAAAUCUACCAACUUGGAGGAUGAGAAUCCUAAAACAGAGAACGAGUUAUUUUUGGAAGCCUUAGGUGGAUGGAAGAAUGGGAGAGUGUAUGGUCUAGGAAAUGCUAUUGACAACUUUUAUGUGAAACCAAACAACGACCCAAGUUUCAAGAAAGUGCGGAAUGAGCUAGUGACUAAUUUGACAAGUAAUGUUGAACUACUCUCUUCGAAAAAUUUGGAACAAGCGAAGGAGAUUGAAGAAACAAAGGUGGUCCUAGAUGAAACAACAACAAAGCUCAAUGAAACAGAAAAAAAGCUUGAUGAAACAACAAGACAACUUAAAGAAACAACAGAUGCUAUGAAGGCUAUGCAAGCUCAGAUUCUUUUCCUAACUGAAAAUGUCAUUUUGCGCCUAUCUUGAAUGCUGAUUAUCAGAAGAAAUUGCAUGGCUUUGUGUUAUUUUUGGCUUGUUGAUUGGAACACAUUUGGACGAUUAGUUUAGCGUAGAGUUUUUUUUUUUUUUCUAGUGAAAGCAGGUAAACAAAUAUAUAUUGCAAAUUAUGCAAUUAUGUUAUUUAGGGGAUUACAAGUUAUAUAUUGCAUAUAUAUGCAAUUUUGUUGGGAUGAAACUUCUUUUGUAGGCUUUGAAUUGAUUUUUUAAUGAAAGUUUUUAUUAUUUAUUCGUUGUU